UGUAGUCAGGUGGUGGGGAGGCUGCCUAAGGUGUCAUGGCGGCUUCCAGGAGUUGCCGGUCUGGGCUGAUGUGUGCGUUGUUGUGUAGAGUGGGCUUACCGCUGCCUCACAGGCGCUGUGGGAUGAGGCAGCUGGCGGCGCGGUGGCCUCUGCUUCGCAGGACGUUUAGCCAAACAGCGGACACUUCCGCUGUGACCGUGGACCUGGGAGGCAGGAAGUUGGAGCUUUCCUCUGGAAAGCUUGCCAGAUUUGCAGAUGGAUGUGCUGUUGCAAAGUUAGGUGAGACGUCUGUACUGGUAACUGCUGUCAGCAAGACAAAGCCUUCUCCAUCUCAGUUCAUGCCGUUAGUGGUUGAUUAUCGCCAAAAAUCAGCCGCAUCUGGAAGGAUACCUACAAAUCACCUAAGAAGAGAAAUGGGAUCCAGUCAUAAUGAAAUCUUAACUAGCAGAAUAAUAGAUCGAUCAAUUCGGCCUCUUUUUCCUGCCGGCUACUUCUAUGAUACACAGGUCCUGUGCAAUUUACUGGCAGUAGAUGGUGUACAUGAACCUGAUGUCUUAGCCAUUAAUGGAGCUUCUGCAGCACUUGCAGUGUCGGACAUACCAUGGAAUGGACCGGUCGGUGCUGUCAGAGUGGGUCUGGUUGAUGGAGAGUUUAUUAUUAAUCCCACCCGAAAAGAAAUGUCAUUAAGUACAUUGAAUCUCGUAAUCACUGGACGUAGUCAAAGCCAGAUAGUCAUGAUAGAGGCUGCGGCAGAGAAUGUACUUCAACAAGAGUUUUGUCAUGCUGUGAAACUUGGGGUGAAACACAGUCAACAGAUUAUUCAAGGUAUCCAGCAGCUGGCAAAAGAGCAUGGGAAGGAAAAGAGAACGCUACAGAAGGCUUUCCUGGCCCCAAUCGAGAUUGUAGAGUGUGCUAAAGAGUAUUCAUCUGAAAAGAUAUAUCAAGUAUUCUCUGAUUUUACGCAUGACAAAAUUUCUAGAGAUGAAGCCAUAAAGAAGAUCAGGCUUGAAACAGAGGAAAUGUUAAAAGAAAACUUUCCAAAUGCAGAUCCCUUCGAAGUAAUGGAAUCAUUCAAUGUUGUCUGCAAAGACAUUUUUAGAAGUAUUGUUUUGAAUGAAUACAGAAGAUGCGAUGGUAGAGACCUAACAUCUCUCCGAAACAUAAACUGUGAAAUUGAUCUGUUCAAACCCCUUCAUGGAUCUGCUUUAUUCCAGAGAGGACAAACACAGGUUCUGUCUACUGUAGCUUUUGAUUCAAUCGAAUCAAGUAUGAAAUUUGAUCAAAUUGCAUCAGCUGUAAGUGGUGUGAAAGAUAGAAAUUUUAUGCUACAUUAUGAGUUUCCCCCAUACGCCACAAAUGAAAUUGGAAAGGUGACGGGCGUUAACAGACGAGAGUUGGGUCACGGUGCCCUGGCAGAAAAGUCUUUGAGACCAGUUAUCCCAAAAGAAUUUCCUUUCACAAUAAGAGUGACGUCAGAAGUAUUAGAAUCAAAUGGUUCGUCUUCCAUGGCUUCUGCGUGUGGUGGCAGUUUGGCAUUGAUGGAUGCAGGGGUCCCUAUCUCUGCCCCUGUUGCUGGAGUUGCAAUUGGGCUUGUUACAAAGUACAACUCGGCAAACAAUGGAGAAAUUGAAGACUAUCGCUUACUUACGGAUAUUUUGGGUAUUGAGGAUUACUUCGGUGACAUGGAUUUUAAAAUGGCUGGUACCAACAAAGGAAUCACUGCUUUGCAGGCAGACAUUAAGAUUUCUGGAUUGCCACUUAAAAUCGUAAUGGAAGCAAUUCAACAGGCAACAGUGGCAAAAAAGGAUAUUCUGCAGAUCAUGAAUAAGGUCAUUUCAAAACCACGAGCAAACAGAAAAGAAAACAGCCCAGUAGUAGAGACUGUACAAGUUCCCUUAUCAAAAAGGAUGAGGUUUCUUGGGCCUGGUGGUUAUAACUUAAAAAAGCUUCAAGCUGAAACAGGUGUGACUGUGAGUCCAGUAGAUGAAGAGACUUUUUCUAUUUUUGCUCCAACGCCCUGUGCAAUGAAUGAAGCAAGAGAAUUUAUUAAUGAAGUUUGCAAAGAUGAUCAAGAUCUCCAGUUGGAGUUUGGAUCAAUUUAUACAGCCACAAUAACUGAAAUCAGGGACACGGGUGUGAUGGUUAAGCUUUAUCCAAAUAUGACACCAGUGCUUCUUCAUAAUUCCCAGCUUGAUCAUCGAAAGAUAAAGCACCCAAGUGCUCUGGGUCUUGAAAUUGGGCAACAAAUACAGGUGAAAUACUUUGGACGUGAUCCAACAGAUGGCAGAAUGAGGCUGUCUCGAAAAGUGCUUCAGUCUCCGGCAGCUACUGUAAUUAAAACACUUAGCGACAAAAACAGCAUUUCAAUGGGAAGCACAGACACCCCAGCAUCAUUACCCUAAACAAGUGAUUCAUAUGUCUGUACAUUCUGUAGAUAAAUGUUUUAAUUAUAAAUCGUUUUCGUACAA